CCAAAGUCACCAUCUCGACACUGCUACCACGGAAAGACUUCCACCCAGACACAAUUCAACAAAUAAACGCAAAUCUCUCUAGAACUUGUGCACUCAAACCUCAAGUGCACCUGGCACAUCAUCCCACCUUGGACCUCACAUGCCUCUAUGACCAUGUACACCUGUACAGAGCGUCUGUCCCCAUCUUUGCAAAGAAAUUAAAAGAUGUUGCUCUAAACCGCAACACAAACAACCCCCCUAGAAGCAACAGAGCAAGGCAGUCCCUACCCAGACCAUGGAUGAACCACACCACACCUUCAAAAAACAGCCAGAGACUGGGCCACCCUCCUUGCCAAAACAACAGCCAACAGACCAGAGCACCACCCCUGCUGCCUACACCCCCCACCCGGCAUAUGCAACAGAACUCCAGCAGCCUAAGCUAUGCCCAGACAGUGAGCAGAAACUCCACACCGACAUCUGCACAAGCUCCAACAGCCGAGCUAAAAGACAUCCAUCAGAUGCUGAACCUGAUCUGCUCACACCUACUGUAUUAAGACAAAAUCCGCAAUAAACAAAUAAAUAACUUAUGGAUAACAAAUCAUUUACAAUAUCAUGUUGGAAUAUUCAAGGCCUGAGGUCAUCUGCUUUUGGACUGAAAAGCAAAAACAUAGACUUCAGCUCUGAAACAAAAAACUCAGACAUCCUCAUCCUACAGGAGACAUGGAGUAGAGGAGACGGACCCACUGGUCGCCCUACAAACUACAGAGAAUUCAUCAUUCCAUCCGUCAAACUGCCUGGUGUCACCCAGGGAAGAGACUCAGGCGGAAUGCUGAUCUGGUAUAAGUCCGAAUACGCCCACUCAAUAAAAAUGACUAAAACUGGCCAGUUUUACACAUGGAUAGAAAUCAACAAGACCAUCACUUCAACAGAUAAGAAUAUCUUCCUGUGUGCAACCUACAUCCCUCCAGCAGAGUCACCCUACUUCAAUGAGGACAGUUUCACGAUCCUGGAAGAGGAGAUCAACUACUUUCAGUCACAGGGCAAUGUUCUGAUCUGCGGUGACCUAAAUGCCAGGACAGGUGAAGAAUCAGACUCGGUUCACUCCAAGGGAGACAAACACAUUCCAGGAGGAGAUGUCCUUUCCAUACCUACACACACACAAAGACUGAACUACGAUAAAACAACAAACAAAAAUGGAUUAAGACUUCUCCAUCUUUGUCGCACACUGGGUCUGUACAUGGUCAAUGGAUGACUACGAGGAGAUUCAUACGAAAGACGAUGGUGUGGAAUGCUGGGAUGAGGUGACCGGGAUGCAGUCGUGCUCUUUCAGUCUGUGAAGCGCUAACAAACAGCAUCAGUGAGAGGAGGAGGGGGAGGGGAGCCCGAGAGAGAGAGAGAGAGAGAGAGAGAGCACCUGUUCCUCUGCUAUGAUCCAGCAUCAUGGAUAUGAACCUUCAGUCUCAUCGAUUUUUCUUCCCUCACAUGUUCUGUGAUGCCGGCGUUCAGCUCACUGAUAUUAAGAUCAGCGAGCAGAGCAUAUGUCAGGCUCGUGCAUCUGUCAUGGUGUACGAUGACUCCAGUAAGAAGUGGGUUCCCAUUAAAGCAGGUCAGCAGGGCUUCAGUCGAAUCAACAUCUAUCACAGCACCAACACCAACACUUUCCGUGUGGUUGGGGUCAAACUCCAAGACCAGCAGGUGGUCAUCAACUACUCCAUAGUUAAAGGACUAAAAUACAACCAGGCCACACCCACUUUCCACCAGUGGCGUGACGCCCGUCAGGUGUACGGACUGAACUUUGCCAGUAAAGAAGAGGCCACCACCUUCUCAAACGCCAUGCUGUUCGCGCUCAAUGUCCUCAGCGGUCAAGAUGGAGGUCCUGGUGUUCAGCGUCAGCUUCAGAAUGGACCCAGCACAGAAGAACUGGAGGUGCAGAGAAGGCAAAUGGAAAUUCAGCAGCAACAGAUGCAGGCACAUAUCGAGAGAGAGAGACGCUCAUCCAACUCGGGAUCUCCCUUUCAGGGAGUUCCGGCAGUUCUAUCUGUAGCUCCGCCUCCUCUGUCUAUGCCGCCUCCUCUGUCGAUGAGCGGACCCUGUCCUCCGCCCCCGCCCCCUCCGGGACCUCCCCCUCCCUCUGCAGGAGGACCACCCCCACCGCCCCCUCCUCUACCUGUGGCUGGAUACGGAGGUCACGGAGCGUCUCAGGAGGACAGUCAAGCCCCCACCGGUCUCGCCGCCAUGAUCGCUGGAGCCAAACUGCGGCGCGUUCAAAGGGCCGAGGAAAACUCUGCGUCUGCUGCCAAGAACGAUGCCAACCGCUCCAGUGGAGGGAGCGGAGGGAGCGGAGGUCUGAUGGAGGAGAUGAACGCUCUUCUCGCACGGAGACGGAAAGCAGUGGACGAGAAGAAAGAUGGAGACGGUCAGAAUGAUGAUCCCAACUCUCCGUCACCGAUGUGUCGCGGGCAGAACGAUGGUGUAAAGAAACCGUGGGAUCGUGCCAACUCAGCCGAGAGAUCUUCACUGGUGUCCCGGGUUCGGCCUGUGGGAAGCAUAAACGAUUCAGACUCUUUAGACUUUGACAGAAUGAAGCAGGAAAUCAUGGAGGAGGUGGUUCGUGAACUACACAAGGUGAAGAAUGAAAUCAUUGAUGCCAUCAGACAUGAACUCAGUAGAAUCAGUACCACAUAAUGUUCAUCUGGACCUGCUCCGUGUUCUCUGGACCCAAACCCCUGGCAGAAGCUACUGUAGCUGUUGAUGAAGAGGAGGAUGACGAUGACGUCCAUCAACGUUACUGCCGUAUUAAAGCAGACGGCUACAUUUGCUCUAACAUGACGGCAACGUUGAGUUGAUCUUGAAUUAAACCUGUUUAUGGAACGAAGAACCUCUUGCACUGAACUUCUAUGUUUUUAAUUGAUCUUUGGUGAUCGUCUUUACAAAACUUUUGCAGAAAUAAAAUAUUUUUUCUUUUAUUAUUAUUUCUUUUAUUAUAACUGUAGUAGUAGCUGUAGUGUUUUCAUGUAGGUAGUGCUAGACCUAGGAAUCUAUAAAUAAUAAUAUUAAUGAUUAUAAUUAUAUCUUUGCACAUUAAUUCAGAAUUUGCCUUUUUUAUUUUACUUUUUCAUUUUCUGUCGGUUUAAUUUCUCAUUUCCUCUUUUCAUGAAAGAGUUUUUUCCCCAAAUCCUUUUGGCUAUAAUAUUAAAUCACAGAUGGGAGUUUUUUUAUGUGUUUUAAAUGGAAAAGAAGCAAAAGAAGUGAAAUGCAGAAAACAUCAAUACAUCAGAGUAUUUGUGAUCAUGUUGUUUAAAAAAAUGUUCAUUGACUGCAAGGACAUGUUGAAGUAUAUUGUUGUGUUUUAUGAUUUCUCUUUUUGACCAAGUGCUUCCGGGUUUGGUAAAAAAUGACUUUACAAAAAAAAACAAUUGAAAUAAAGCUGUGGAGGACGUGUUGAAUAAAAUGUG